UAUAAGCGCAAACGGAUAAGACAGAGCGAAAGAGAGAAAAUAAGUGUGUAAAAUAAAGAGGGAAUAAAGAUAAGAGCAGUAGUGGGAGAAAAUGUCUGAUGUUGAUUGGACGCAGGCGUAGAGUUCGGGUCUAAGGCACGUACGGUGAAUUUACGUUAAACGCGCUCUCGCUAUUUGUCCGCUUGGCUUUGAAAACUUACGGCAUGACGUGAAAGCGCUCAGUCGCGCGCCAACUCUCGUGAGAGAUAUUUGUACGCAUGCUGUUUUCCACUUGAUUUUGUUCACUACUUUUCAAAUUCCGUUGAUUCUUUCUCUGAAUUUGAAAAGUCACGUGAGUUUCAGAAAUUGUGAAUAUAGGUGUAAAGUGAGAACUACUCGUCUGUUAAAAGAUAAGUUUUUUAUAUCUCAGAAGGUAUGCAAGAAUUACCAUAUAAAUGUUGGUAUUGAUUCAGUGUAAGUAAUUAAAAGAAAGCACAAACAAUAAAAAAGCAAGAUAAGGAAAGGGGGAAAGAAGAGUUAAAAAGUUAGGCUCAAAGAAACGGAAUAAUUGAUGUUUGAGAAGAGAACCAUACUGUAUAUCUGUGAUGUGUGAUUAAGACAAGUGAUGGAAUCGCCGAAUAUGUACGACGCGCAAGCCCAUCAAGUAGGCCAACAACAAAUGCAGGUCGAUCUGAAAAAGUCGACUCAGUUGAUUGCCCAGAAUAACAAUAAUAAUAAUAAUAAUAAUAAUAAUAAUAAUAAUAAUAACAACAAUCAGAACAACAACAGUAGCCUACAGGUAAAUCAUAAUCAACAAACAAAUGGUGUAAGUAAAGUAUCGGCUUCAAAAGCUAGCCUGCACCAACAGUAUGCUGAGCACUGUGCUGUAGCAGGCGAGCUCACGGAUCUCAACACUCCUGAAAUUUCCCUGGAUUUACAGCAUCUCAUCGAUGAUUCACACUUUAAUGACGGACUACUUGAUAUGCUGGGUGCCGGAGCCGGAAGUGGUAACGGCAACGGUAAUACCAGUCUUAAACAUGCACGUGUCCCUAGCAAUGGAGGCGGCUAUCCGCGAGUUGCUACUCUAGCCUACAUGCCUCAACCGGUACACAGCGCCGCAAGCUAUCAUCACGGAAGCAAUAGUUGCAGUGACAGCAACAGUUCAAGUAGCGAAUCGCCAAGUAUUAAGGAGGAACCACUAGAUCCUGCGGACUACCGUCGUCAUUGUCAGCAAUAUACUCCUAGCGGCUACAAUCCAGGGGUCGGCAGUUCAUUUCCAAGCACAGGCCCAACAUUUACAACAUUAACACCUAGUUCGGGUCUGCAAGCAGGCCAUCACUCUAUGCAUCAGCAGCAUCCUCAACAGCAGCCGCAACAACAACAGCAACAACAACAGCAGCAACAGCAGCACAGUCGUACAAUAAUGAAGCCUGUGUUAGCACAUCAGCAACAACAGCAGCAUCACGCAGGACUCGCGAACGCGGUUGUUACCUCACGUAAGCAGUCAAAGUCGGUAGACAAGGCAAGUGAUGAGUAUAGGCGACGUCGUGAACGUAACAAUAUCGCCGUACGUAAAAGCCGUGAGAAGGCGAAGGUACGUUCACGUGAAACUGAGGAGCGAGUAAAGCAUCUCGUCAAGGAAAAUGAUGUAUUACGUAAGAAGGUAGAGAUCCUCUCGGAAGAACUUAAUGUUCUUAGAUCUCUCUUUAGUAGCGUAGGCGUACUCCCAGAGCAGUUGCAGCGUGAAAUCUCAAGGCACAUCGACCAGUUUCAACAGCACGUGGGCGGACCGCCAAUGUAGCAAUACGAAUCUGGGCAAAACAGCCUCCGCAGGAUAAAAGACUCAUUUGUAACAGAGAUCACAUAGUGCUAGAAUAACGGAGAGCAGCCUGAGUUAUUCAUUGAUGAUCGGCCUCGGGGGAGGUGACUCGUAUUUGUGUGCGCGUGCGCAGAUAGCAUUGUCCACCGCCAAUCAUUUCGCGCUGUAAAACUAACUGGUGUACCUUUCUGUAUUAUGUCUUACCUUGGCCUAUCCUCUUGCGGCGUUUCAUCUUAUUCUACUUAAGACUGGCCGGAUCAGCCCUGAUGAGACUUCCCCAUGCAUUGAUGGACCCACCCCCUUGUGCUAUCGUUACACGAAUACGUAACGUCAGAAAGCAAUGUGAAAAUUACAAUCGCUUUAAAAGUAGAAAAAUGAAUGAGGACGUGUAUGAGUACGAAAUAUAGACUAACCAAGAACCACUUGAUACGAUUAAUUAGCAUGAAAACCCUUACAAGGCUUUUCCACGUGGUGUUGUGAUUCAAUGCGCUCCUUUAAUAACAUUUAAACAAUUAGACUAUCAUUUCCGUUAAUCAGAUGAAUCUGUAUUUCUCCAUUAAGAGCUUUCGAGAUUUUUUCAUCAUCUUGCUUCUUCUCACUUACGUGCAACUUUUCAUUUUUUUUUUUAUUUUUCAUACUAUGCAAAUAUUUAUAAAUCUCAUUUUAACAUUUAUAAUUUUUAUUUUUCCCAUGCUUCUUCGUCCUAAUUAAUUUCUAUCUAUAAAUAGAGUACAACAAAUUAAAGAAACUGGUCGUACCAAUUUUGUAUAGUAACAUAUUUUUGUGUGACGUAUAAUGUGAUUCAUA